AUGCACCAAUGGACCAUAAAAUGGCGCGGGGUACAGACUUCGGGAGCAUUUGUCGCCUCUUCGCUCGUAUGGACGCACAAGUCAAAGACACCGAUAGUACAGAUCAGAGACAGCCAGGCAAUCAUGAAAGCCAACCCAGAUGGCCAAGAAGUGAGAUUCUCGUGGCGAGAAAACAGGACAAGAACCACAUUAGAAACGAUGCAAACGGACUGGACCCUGUCCUACCAUUGCAAGCCCGACAAUGAAAACAAAGCCGCUUGCCGUAAACCAUCCCGAAUAGAUUCCGGCGUUAAACUGUCAAUUCAGGCACCUUUGCUUUUCGCAAAUACGGCCCCUCCCAAGGAUAAUCAUACCCAAACCAUACCGGCGGGUCCAGCAGGGAGUGAGAAAGAUACUGUUGACGCAUUGAAGGUAAAAGACCCAUGA